AUUGCAAAUAGACUGCAGUCCACGGAGUGGCUGGAUUCACUGGGGGUCCCUGAAUGUGAGCUGAGGAAAAUUAAAGAGGCAGGGAAUGCUUAAGGUGCACCGCGGGAUAUUCUGUGGCCCCUGGUUAUUAAGGUUUCAUCACAUUUCCAGAGAGCUGUCCAACCUGGACGUUCAGCCAUAGAGCGAGAGUUACCUACCCCCAGGUUCCUGUGUGUCAAGAUCCUACGUACACAAUUUGUGCAACAGACAGCCGGCAGACCGACGGCUUUGCAGGUUAAUGGAUGUACCUGGAUACAAAGCUAAUGAAAGCAAUGUGACACAAAGGUCAAGGCUCGAGAGGGUUAAGCAUCCAAAACAUCUGGAGCUACUCUGCUGCUGUUUCACGCUGCACCAGAAGACAUGCGGCUGGUUGUCAUGUUGAGCUACUUGGGCCUGAAAAUAGGACCAAUAUUUGUAGGUGAUAGCUCUGGGUCUAACUCUGUGUGCUGUUGUUUCAUCAUGUCAGGAGAUGACAAAAUGUGCUCCCUCCCCUUUGUGCGUUUUUAUCCUGUGGGGCCAACCUUUGACCCCCUGGUGUCCAGUCCACGUUUGUUUACCAAAAUCGAGUUAAGGGUGUACACCGAGUGCCGGAGCAUGUGGGUUUUGUGACUAAGUACUAGAGAGAGAGAGAGAGAGAGAGAGAGGGAGAGAGAGAUGGAGAGGGAGAGGGAGAGAGAACGGAAAGUAUUGUGCAAACGUGGUCUCAACAGUGAAAGCAAACAGAAAGAACUACAAUCUAAUUUUGGCUAUUACAGCUUGUCAAACAUCACCGCUGUGGACUUGAGCUGCAUCCGGCGACCUCAUCCCCCUCAUCCCGACAAGAUUACUGACACAGGAUCCCCCUGCCCCUGGCAGAAAUAGCAAAGACCCAAGGGCAAUCCAUCAGAAUAUGGGAACUUCCGUGGGCCCUCGCUUGCAGCCCCAGAAACAGGAUGUUAAUGCUUGACGGAAUGCCUGCAGUCCGAGUCAAAGCUGAGCCCCUGGAAUCGGAACAAGGGUCACCUAAAGUGCGCCCUUACUCUGCGAUGGACGGCGUCCCUUUUUUCCUCAGCAGAGUUAAACCUGAACCUCCGGAGGACCUGCUCGCCCACGACCUGCACUUCCACACGCAGACGGAGCCCGUCGACCUGUCGAUCAACAAGUCCCGCCCCUCAUCCUUCCUCCCCACCACCACAAACUUAUCAUCCUCCCCGCUUAGAUCCGCCUUCUCCCCGUCCUCGUUAUCGUCGUCAUCCUCCUCCUCCUCCUCCUCAUCUUCCUCCUCUCCAUCAGUUAUCACCUCAGCCUCAUCGGUGUUCACGCCAGGCCCCCUGGUCGCCCCUGGCGCCGGGCUGAGAGGUCAGCCGUAUUUGCACAUCCUGCACUCUGGGCUGCCUCCUCCAUCCAGCCCUCUGAGCCUGCAGGGAGCGGGGAAGCUGGGCAGCCAUGUUCACCGCAUCCCGGUUGUGGUACAGUCACUGCCCCUCAUGUACACCACUGCCGUUCGAUCGCCCUCCAGCCUCAACAACACCAUCGUGCUACCUCUGCUGAAUGAGGUCAAAAGCCAGAGAAAAGCAUACACAGACCCCAAUGGCCUAUCGCCAAGGCAGAUCAAAAGUGACAGCGAUGACGACGACCUGCCAAACGUGACCUUGGACAGUGUUAAUGAGACCGGCUCCACUGCGCUGUCUAUAGCCCGCGCUGUACAAGAUUCCAUUUCCCCGUUCAGUAUUGAGAGCAUACGUCGUCCCAGGAGGUCAGAGUCUCCGGAUUCCAAAAAGAGGAGAAUCCACAGAUGUGACUUCGAGGGCUGCAAUAAGGUGUACACCAAAAGCUCCCAUCUAAAAGCACACAGAAGGACGCAUACAGGGGAAAAGCCAUACAAAUGCACCUGGGACGGCUGCACGUGGAAGUUCGCCCGCUCCGAUGAGCUGACGAGGCAUUACAGAAAACACACGGGGGUCAAACCCUUCAAGUGCGGAGACUGUGACCGCAGCUUCUCCAGAUCUGACCACUUGGCUCUGCACCGACGGAGACAUAUGCUGGUUUGAAUCAGACGGAGAGAGAUCAAGAGAUAGAGAGCGAGAAAGAGAGGGAGAGAUCAAUUGAACAAACACAAACAUGCGCACACAAUCACCCAACCACACACAGGCAGCCGGGGGAGCGGGAUCUCCCUAUGAAUGUUUUUCAGCUGGCCUGGAUGCACACACACAUACACACACACCUACACAAACACACACACAUACAUAAACAUACACAAACGCACACACACACACUCUCAUCCGUCAGAAGGCGAGAAGACGUCGAGGUGCACGGAGCUCGCGGAGCACAAUACAGGGUCACUUCUGGAUCCUCUUGGGGUUGGAAGGAGCAGACGGCAGGAGCUUUUAUCGGAGUCUAAUAGGGAACUGUCUUUUACAGCACUGUUCAUAAAUGUUUCACUUUGAUUAUUGAAAACAAACUCCUCAUUUGGACAAAAAAAAUUAUAUAUAAUGCAAUCGCAACCGUCUUUUUUUUUCUUUUUUUUUGUGCUUUCUUUCUUUUCACUAUAUUGUUCCAGUUGCUGCUUUUUCCAGCAUUUCAUAAUGUGAAAGACCCCAUUGAAUGGAAUGGAUUUUUUAGAGUCACAGGCCUGGACGGGAUCGCAGAGACCUUGUUGGAGUUAAGGGCAGUAUUGCUUCCCUCCGCAGUCUGACCGAUGAGCAGCAGGGGGCGCCACGUAACCACGGAUUGUCUGCUGUGUGGUUCCCCUAGAAAUGCUAAAAAGAGGGCAGGACUUUCACCUUCCCCCCAUCCAGCCAACAGUCCACACCAUCCCAGCCUGGACGGAUCAAACCUCACCAACACCUCCACUGUUUCAGAGAGUCAUCCGUUUAUUAUGAACGAUUCAAAAAAUGGACACGCACUCCAUGGCACCAGCAGAGAAGCACAACGUUUCCUACCAAGACAUCAGUGCUCUCCUGUUUACAUCGAGCCUCUUUGAAAUCUUUGGUUUGAUUUUGUGCUGUGAUUAGCAAUCAGUAAAGUGCAAUCUUAAAGGUUGAAUAUACUUUCAACGUUUCGUUAUAUUGAAUCUUUUUUCCUUUUUUUCCCUAAAUGCCUGCUUAUUGCUUGUGUUUGACUCGGAAGAAGAAAAAAACAACCCCUCAUGUACAGUGAACUUUGAAACAAUCAGAGGAGAUUUUCAGUAUGUGAAAAAACAAAUGACAGAGGCACCUUACAAGACUCACGCGUUCAAUCCUGUCCCCAUCAAUCGUGUUGUUCUGUUUCAGCUCUGUCUCCUCAGCUGGGUUCCACAGUGGAAGGAAUCUGUGGCGGUGGGGUUCAUCUUCUUAUUUUUAUUUUUUCCAUUUUUUGUUUGCACAGCAGCACUUGACCAUAAGCUGACGUUGACACCGGCUGCAGUGUUACAGGGAUAGCGUGGUACCUGACGUACAAACCCAGAAGAGCAAUACACUCUGAACAAAGUGACGGGAAGGGACGGCCGCCUCCUCUUUGCUCUGUUUGCUGAUGAUGUCAAUAUCCUGAGGAGAAGUUUCUCUCGCCGGGCCAGCUCCUCAUUCCGUACCAUGCCACCCCCCCCCCCAACCCCCCCACCUCUGUUAUCGGUUUGUAGCUCCAGCACAGGACUCUGAAUCCGACGUGUGUCAGUCAGAGGGUCACUAUUAAUCAUGUUGUUUUUACUUUGUUUGUCUCAAACAAACUUGAAAUGUCAUCACCUCAGACCAGAUAUAUGUCAAGAUUAUUGUCUAAUUUACCUGAGAUUUGGUUAUUUACAAUUCUGAAAGAAAUCCCAUACACACACAUAAACAAUACAUACACAUUUGCAUACAUACAAACAUUGUGCAUGAGCAUCAAGGCUUUUUUUGUUUUACUGCGUUUACUGGCAGAUUUAUCUCUUAGAACGUCACCUCACCUCGAUCAGGAAAUGUAAUUUGAAUGAAUAUUUUCAUAUUCAUAAUAGCCGGCAGUUUUGCAGGUGUUUCCAAAGCUCUUAAGCUGAGGAGGAGCUGCACACAUAAACGCAGACUAUCAGACCAGCUCAUAUUAUUGGAUAGUGCUGCUAAAUGUAUCUAUUGGACCGAAGCCAGUCAAAGAAAAUGGUAACCUUUUUGAUAUUGCACCUUGAAAACCUUACACACAGACUCACACUCUAGUGCAUCUACACAGACACACACACACACACACAAACACACACACACACACACACACACACACACACACACACACACACACACACACACACACACACACACACACACACACACACACACACACACACACACA